AUAAACUUAGAUUCUCUUUCUCCGACCAUUGUAAUUGCAAUAUUCACACACUCACUCACAGUCACAGUGAGUGCCGUUCAUUUUCUUCCAUUUCCACAUCUGGUCCCCUCCCACCUUCUUCUCUUCUCCACCAUCAUCACAACACAACAAUCCAAAUCUCUCUCUCUCUCUCUCUCUCUCUCUCUCUCUCUCUCUCUCUCUCUCUCUCUAUUUUCUGCCAUACCAAACAAAACAAAUAUCUCAUUCAUAAAAAUCCAAACAAACAAACACACCACACUACAAAACCCUCACACAUCAUUUUCAAAAAAUUCACUAACAUCACAGAUCACAUUCUCUCUGCACAACUUCUUAUGAAAUCAAAGACACAUAACGGAAACGGUUACGCGAACGAGAAUGGCGGUGGCGGAGGCGGUGGUGGAGGUGGAAGUAGUAGCUCACCCAGUCCGCCGCGAUCUCCACCGCGACAUUCUGGAGUUUUACAUUUACGGAAACGAUUACGCCGGACGAAGUCACUGUCGGCGGGGAUAAUGACACGGUGGAGUCUUCGCUAUUUUUUCUUGCUGCCGGUGGUUUAUCUCUCCGGUUUGUUGAUGUGUGUGGGACCGUUUCCGUUCACGUUCUUCAUUGGUCAUACUCCUCUUCCUGGUUCUCGUUACCGGAGUCACGAGGUUUUCGAUCAUCUUUGGCCUGAAAUUGAUUCUGAUAAUUCCUCUUUCAUUGAGUUGUCUUCUGUUUGGAAAUACAAAAGGAAGUUGAGAGAGAAGAAGCCUUGUUCGAAUUUGACUGAUUUGCAUCAUGAACAUUUUGUGUCCCCUGGCCUGAAUGGUUUUUUGAUUGUCGAGGCCAAUGGUGGUCUUAACCAGCAACGCUCUGCGAUUUGCAAUGCUGUGGCUGUUGCUGGACUACUCAAUGCAAUACUAGUUAUACCUCAUUUUGAAUUUCACAAUGUGUGGAAAGAUCCAAGUGAAUUUGGGGAUAUAUAUGAUGAAGAUCAUUUUAUAUCCACACUUGAUGGUUAUGUGAAGGUGGUUAAAGAACUUCCUGAGGCAAUAAUGGAGAGACAUAAUUACAAUAUGACCAAUAUAACUAGCAUCAGAGUCGAAGCUUGGGCUCCUGUCAGUUAUUACCUUGGAGUUGUUCAUCCUAUCUUGCAAAAGGAAGGGGUUAUUCGAAUAGCUCCAUUUGCUAAUCGUUUGGCAAUGAGUGUCCCUCCGCAUAUACAGUUUCUAAGAUGUCUUACUAAUUAUCAAGCAUUAAGGUUUUCUUCUUCUAUAUCUGCACUAGCUGAGAAUCUGGUUUAUCGAAUGAGUGAGAAGAGCUCGAGGACAGAUGGAAAAUAUAUUGCUGUGCAUCUUCGCUUUGAGGAGGACAUGGUAGCAUUCUCCUGUUGUAUAUAUGAUGGAGGAAAGGCAGAGAAGUUGGAAAUGGAUUCAGCUCGUGAAAGGGGGUGGAGAGGAAAGUUCAAAAGAAAAGGUCGUAUCGUUGUACCUGACCUCUAUCGAGUCAAUGGAAAAUGCCCACUAACUCCCCUAGAGGUUGGGAUGAUGCUACGUGGCAUGGGAUUCAAUAACAGUACAUCAAUAUAUUUAGCUUCUGGGAAAAUAUAUCAUGCAGAAAAGUAUUUGGCUCCUUUAAUAAAGAUGUUUCCCAAUCUUUAUACCAAGGAGUCUCUUGCAACAACAGAUGAGCUUGCUCCUUUUAUGGGCUAUUCCUCCCAAUUGGCAGCAUUGGACUACACAGUGUGCUUGUUUAGUGAGGUUUUUGUAACAACCCAAGGUGGUAACUUCCCUCAUUUUCUAAUGGGCCAUAGAAGAUUUCUCUACGGUGGGCAUGCCAAAACCAUUAUUCCUGAUAAACGCAAACUUGUUGUUCUUUUCGAGAACACAACUAUCAGUUGGAGUGCUCUCAAGGACCAGAUGGAUGACAUGCUUAGUGAAAGUGACCGCAAAGGAAUCAUGGUCCCUAGAGUUAGAAAAAUUAACAGAAAAACUUCUGUUUACACUUACCCUUUACCAGAAUGUAGAUGCCUACAGGAGAGUCUUGUCAAUAAAACAAUUGACCAUAAUGUAGACAUUCCUGAUAACUACAGUCUACAGCAGAACAAAAGCUUGAACAGAUGACAUGAUUCAUAUAUUCCGAAGUCUCUGCAUCAGAUUUAUAUUAUUUUCAACUCCAUGGCUUUGGUGUUUCAACUUCCAGUAGUAUGGCUUUCUGAAGUUGUUUUCUCUUGUCAAGAUACCGGCUUCCAAGUUCUGAUAACACAAGUAGAGAUUUCGACUUUUGUGUGAUUGGAAGCUUCAACUGCUUGAAGAUUUUGUGUGCAUAUUACUUAAUUCAUUUAGCGGGACAGUUUUCUAGCCUCCAGUGUGAAGGUUUGAGUGGGAACACUACAUCAACGUAGUUUCCAGGAAAGGAUAUAUCAGGAGCAGGACUUACAAAAGAGGGGAUUAUAAUUGAUUUUCUUCUGAUCAAUGUCUUUUCUACUAGUAUUACUCUUCGCUUACAUUUAAAGAUGAUAGCAACUUACUCUCUAGCACACUUCCAAACACAUUAUCCUAUUGGUUGAAAUUCAAAUGGAUUUCACUAAAUUAUGUUGAUAAAGUUAGUGAGAUCCAUGUGAAUUUCAAACAAUAAAAUGGUGUAUGUUGAAAAGAGUGUUAAAGAGUGCGGUGCUAACAUAAUUUUUUUACAUUUUUUAGUUCUUGUGUAAAAUUCUUUGGCUAGAAAUAAGAUAACUAGUCUAUAGAGUCGCGAGUAUUCUUUGUUUUACCCAGUUUUGGUUCAGUUGACUAAUGGCUUUGUAUUUGCUCCCUUUCCAGUUUCCACCAUUUUAGAAAGGUAAUAUCAUGUCUUCUUUAUACUCUA